CCCAAUAUAAUAAUUUAUCAGAUUGUAUCUUUAAAUAAAUUAUAUUCCAGGAAACUGAUUCUAUUUUCAUUGAAAAUCUGUUUAUGAUGUAUUGUAACGAUUUUUCUCACUAUAAGGAACUUAUUUAAAAUAUUCUGAUUAUGUGUCUUUAUCACGAGGCUCUUAAAAUUCCACGUUUUUGCUCAGCCCAGACCUGUCUGUGGUGGUGGUACGCUGCUGCCGCCGCCACCACAGCUGCACCUACCCAUGAUCAUAAUAAUGUUUGUGAACAGCUUCAAACUAUAUUAAAUUCAGUCUUAGCUGUCUUGUCUACGUGUUUGCUGACUGUCAUCUAUUUCUUCAAUUUUCUAUCAUCUUUAUGGACGAGAAAGUUGUUAGUGCUCAAAAACAUUAACGGAAGUUGUCAUAUAUGUAUAUCCUGUUAGAAAUUAGUCUUAGUACCUCUUCCCGCCAAGAAUUGGUGGGGGCCCACCUACCUAUAUGCUAAUUGUUAAAUAACUUCUUCAUCACAGAACAAGGAUAAUAUAGUGAAUCGUAUUAUUAUUAUUAUUAUUGAGAAAAACAGACUUUAAAAGAUUAAGUCCAGUUACUCUGUUAAAUGUAAUAUCACUACUUACUGUUUACAUUUGUGAAUUAAUUCAAAACUAAUGAUUUGAAAUAUCAAAUAAUAACAAUCAACAAGAAAUAGCGUUAAACGCCUUCUGUAAUAUGUAGUAUUGAGAGUUAAGCAAUUGCUAUACAUGGAAUAUAGUGACUUAACAGGGAAAGCUGGCCAUAAAAAAUAAAGGAUUCUCUUUGAAAAUAUUUUUUAUAAAAUGGAAAUAUCUGGAAACAACCUUCCUCAGUCAAUAAAUCCAGAUACAAUUCAAACUCAAGAUGGUAGUAUUCAAAUUCCAUCAACCCAUGUUGGAUCACUCACAUCUGAAUCUCAUGCAGUAACUGAUGUGGAUAUCAUUUCUGGGACUUCUCUUAGUUCUGUUCCUGGUACCAUAGUUACAUCGGCUGGUGUUCAGCAAACGCAAACUGUUCUUGUCUCACCAGAGUUAUUCACUACAUUACCCCAAGUGCAGCCAACAUCAGAAGGUAUAGAAACUACUGAAGUUACUAGUACCACACUUGGUGGCGUUACUUAUGCUUUUAUCAAAGGUUUGGAUAGUAGUCUUGGUAGUCAGGCAACAUGUAUCACUACACCAAAAUCCAUACUCACAGGACAGUCUGGCGGUAUGGAUGUAGAGUUGAUCCCUGUAGAUAAUGUAGCCCUUCAAGUGAUGGCUGUUGAAACUAAAUCUAAUGAUAAAGAAAAAGACCAAGAUAAAGAUGAUGGCUCAUCCAUCAAACACCAAAUGAUACAGCAUGCUGUUCUUGUUCAAGAUCCUAAUAGUCAAAUCUCUUCUCUUACUGGCAAAGAUACAGAGUUUAUGACCACUUCUGGUAAUGUUAGUCUAUCUGUAAACAACACCUAUGUUUGCGAAGAUGGUAGUACAAUUGAUAGCACACCAAUACAAAUCACUUCAAAAGAUUCAAAGAUGGAAGAGAAAAAUCCUGCUUUAGAAGCAGCCAUUCAAGAAACUUAUUUUCAACUGGACCAUAAUAUGCUAAAAUCUAGUGGUGUUGACCUGAAUAAAGCAACAUUGCAAGCAUCUGCUGAUGGUGCACAGUUCUUUGUCAUUGACUUGAGUGAAACUGAAGUUCAGAAUUCCAUUCCAAUGGAAAUAGAAACUGAACAAAUAAUCAAGGAGGAAACUGUAAGUAUUGAUUCAUCAGCAAUGAAUAUUGACUCAAAUAAUGAUGAGACCAAUGAAGUGCCUACUGAGUCAUCACCUUAUUAUGUUGUUCAGCAUGUGACAAAAACGGAUUCAGAUCAACCAGAAAAGUAUUUUCCAAUUAAGCAGUUACCAGCAGAUUUAAAAGGCUUGGUGUCUCUUUCUCCUGAUAUUAAAUCUAAAGAAACACCAGUAGCUAUUUCCUUGCAAAAAGAUUUGGAGGCAAUGCAAAAAUCAGUGGCAAAAGAAGGAGAUGUGCUUUCAGUUGACCCGAAAGCUUCUAGUAAUGAAUUGCUUAUCACCAAUAUCCAAGGGGGACAUGAAGUAAUAAUGGUUGAUAUUGGUAGUGCAGCAUCUAUUGUUACUGAGACAAUAAAAACCUCUACUGAUGCAGAAUUUGAGGGAACUGAGCAAAAAGACGAUGAUCAACAAUAUGUAUUUGAUGUUGUUGGUUCCGAAGAACAGUCAGCAGGCAAUUUAUUAACAGCUAAAUCUGGCUCUACUCUUUUGACAACCACUUCAACUGUGACCAGUACUCUUGGAUCAAUAACCACAACAUCCAUUAAUACACAGGCUGCUUCCAAAUUUAGAGAUGCUGGUCAGCAAACUGAGAAAUCUCGGCAAGCAGCUGAACAAAAACAAUCUGUACAAUCAGCAGCAUUGCCGCCAAAGCAGACUGUAGUCUCACAAGCUGUAUCUCAAGCUAAGCAAGUUCAGGUUCAGUCUACAUCUUCAAAUCCAGUUGUAUCUUCUCAGCAAGUUCAGCUUAUUAAUAAACAAGCUGGACAGUCUACAUCUGCUUCUACACCAUCUACAAUUAACACCUCUAAACAGUUGCAGGUAACAUCUCAAUUGCCAACAAAACAGACAUAUAUAUUUGCUCCAAAACCAACUCAGAUGGCACAAACCUCAUUACUGAAACAGGCACAAACAACUCAGCAAACUUUGCUUAAACAACCAGUAACAAGUGCAGCUUUGCCGAAAUUGGACCAAUCACAGCAAAGUACAGUUUCUAAGUUGGUUACAUCACAGCCAAUCACUUAUACUCAGGCUAAACAAUCUUCACAGCUCCAGUCAGCAGUUACUCAAUCUAAACUUGUACCUUCCAAAGUAUCACUAAUAUCUGCACCUAGACCAUCGACUGUAAGCUCACAGACAAUAACAAUAAAACAGCCACAAGCUCAACAGGUUUCUUUACAACAGAUGGCUUCAAUGUCUAAAACAGGGCAGUCCUUACUUCAGCCGUCACAAGAACCUCAAGUACAAUCAUCUGUAAAGACCACGCCUGUGCAGUUGAAGCAGACAGUUACUCAGCCAAUAACACUUCCACAAUCUAAACAAAUUGUACUACAAUCAUCCACCACAUCUCUACAAAAACAGACUCAACCCCAACAGAUUACUACAUGGCAAGUCCAAUCGCCAGUAUCAAAACCAGCACAGUCGGUACAAGUUAAACCAGGUCUCCAAGUUUUACAGCCAAAACCCGUUCAGCGUUUACAACCAAAAGAAGGAGUGCAAGCACAAGCCAGCAUUCUGCAACAACAACAACAGCCUAAGCAAAUAGCAAAAUCUCCAACAACACAAGUGCAAAUGACUUCUACACAACAGUUGUCAGCUAAAACUACAACUGCACAACCAGUAACAAAACAAAUUAUUGUACAACAGUCUCCGAAAACAGUUACAGUGCAACAGCAGCAGUCCACUAAACCAAUUACUGUACAACAACAACAGCAGUCUCCUAAAACAGUUACUAUACAGCAGCAGCCUUCUAAACCAGUAACAGUACAACAGCAGCAGCCUUCUAAACCAGUUACAGUACAGCAACAGCAGCCUUCUAAAACAGUUACUAUACAGCAACAGCAGCCUUCUAAGCCAGUUACAGUACAGCAGCAGCUUUCUAAACCAGGUACAGUACAACAAACUCCAAAGUCAAUUAUAAUACAACAACCAGCCAAAUUGGUCUCGGCACAACAGCAGCCAGUAAAAUCAGUUACAGUACAGCAGCAAGUACCAGUAAAAUCAACAGCUGUUCAACAACAGCAGCAGCCUACUAAAACAAUUUCAGUGCAACAGCAAUCUGAAAAGCCUGCAGUGGUGCUACAGCAACCUGCCAAGUCUGUUACCCUUGUACAGCAACCUGCAAAAUCUGUGACUUUGGUACAGCAACCGCCUUUAAAAGUAACAUCCUUGCAACAACAGCAGCAGCAAACCACAAAAUCUGUAACUGUGCAACAGCAAACUGUAAAGUCAACAACUUUGUCUCAGUCAGAGCCAGGUAAAACAACUGUAACACAGCUGCCAGUUAAGGCUGUUGUCUCACCACAGACGCAAAAACCUAUUGUUGUGCAAGUGCAAAAGCCAGUACAAACAACACAAGCAGCAGUGACCCAAGUUUCAUCACAAACAUUGAGACCAUCGCAGCCUGCUGUCACUACUUUAGUUUCUAUUCCAUCACAGCAACAAUCACCGAAAACUGUAACUGAAACACUUGUUGGUCAGCAGCAAUCAGCAAAAUCAGUUAAUGUUCAGCAGUUAGUUAGUCAACAAGAACCUAUUAUUCAGAAGCAGGUGGUGUCAGCUUCAUCUACAUUACAACAACCACAGUCUAAAAUCUUAUCUGUCACUCAACCAGCUUCCACGCAACCUAGCACGGUACAACAGCAAACCUCAAGACUACAUGAAAGUGUGCCAAAAGGCCAAACUCCAGAAUCAAAAAUAUUCUCAGAUGUUAAAUCUAAAGAUCAACAACAAUCAUCCACUGCACAGUCGCAACAGCUUAAAAGUAUGAAAUCCUUGGUAGUGCAACCAGGGAGAACUUCAGAAACUGUACAAAAGGAAAAAUCUUUAGGAACAGAAACAAAAAGAACAGAAGCAGUGUUGAACACCGUAAAGAAAGCAGUGGUAUCACAGGAAAUGGGGAAGAAACCGGAACAUGUGCAAGAUGUUCAGAAACAGACAGAAUCGUUACAGAAGGCUGAGAAGAAGUCAGAAGAUCAUAGUAAGGAAUCGGGCACACCACCUGUGAGUGUUAAAAGAACAGAGAUACCACAGGAAGCUGGGAAGAAAGCAGAGCAUUUGCAAGAUACUGCAAAGAAAACAGAUGUUGGGAAGAAAGUGGAACUGUCAAAAGAGGCUGCAAAGAAAAUGGAAUCAUCAAAUGAGGCUGCAAAGAAAAUGGAAUCAUCAAAUGAGGCUGCAAGAAAAGUGGAGCCACCAAAAGAUGUUGGAAAGAAGGUGGAAUUGCCAAAAGAUGCAAAAAAAGUUGAACCACUAAAAGAUGUCUUAAAGAAGGUCGAACCACCAAAAGAUGUUCCAAAGAAAGUGGAACCACCAAAAGAUGUUCCAAAGAAAGUGGAACCACCAAAAGACGUUCCAAAGAGGGUUGAACCACCAAAAGAUGUUGGAAAGAAGGUAGAAACACCAAAAGAGGUUGCAAAGAAGGUGGAGCCUCCAAAAGAAUCUGCAUCAAAAGUAGAAGUACCAAAAGAUACUGCGAAGAAGGUGGAAGUGUCAAAAGAUGCUGCCAACAAAGUAGAACCACCAAAGGAUGCCACAAAGAAAGUGGAGCCACCAAAAGAUAUUGCAAAGAAGGUGGAACCUCCAAAAGAUGCUGCAAAGAAGGUAGAGCCACCGAAAGAUGCAGCAAAGAAAGUAGAGCCACCAAAAGAUGUUCCAAAGAGGGUUGAACCACCAAAAGAUGCAAAGAAGGCAGAACCACCAAAAGACAUUGCAAAGAAGAUAGAGCCAUCAAAAGAUGCAGCAAAAAAGACAGAACCACUGAAAGAUGCUGCAAAGAAAGUGGAGCCACCAAAAGAUGCUGGAAAGAAGCUAGAGCCACCGAAAGAUGGUGCAAAGAAGGUAGAGUUACCAAAAGAUACUGCAAAGAAGGCAGAACUACCAAAAGAUGCCACAAAGAAAGUGGAACCACCAAAAGAUGCUGCCAAAAAAGUGGAACCACCAAAAGAUGCUACAAAGAAAGUGGAUCAACCAAAAGAUGCUGCAAAGAAAGUGGAACCUUCAAAGGAUGUUGGGAAAAGGGUGGAGCCACCAAAAGAUGCUGUAAAGAAAGUGGAAUCACCAAAAGAUGCUGCAAAGAAGGUAGAGCCACCAAAAGAACCUGGAAAAAAGACAGAGUUGCCAAAAGACACUGCAAAAAGAGCUGAACCUAUAAAAGAUGCUGGGAAAAAGGUAGAAAGUGUGAAAGAUGCUACGAAAAAGGCAGAGGUACAAAAAGAUAUUGGGAAGAAAACAGAACCUGUGAGAGAUACAGUGAAAAAGGUGGAGUCACCAAAAGAUGCUCCGAAAGUAAAAGAUGUUGGAAGAAAAGCAGAAGUAUCAAAAGAUACUGGGAAAAAGACCGAAUUUGCCAAAGAUGUUGAGAAGACAGAAUCACCGAAGAAGGUGGAGGUGUCUCAGGAAACUGUAAAGAAGGCAGAAUCUUUGAAGAAAGCAGAAACAACAAAGGAGACAAAUCAGCAAACUUCUAUGACAAAAACUGUUGGGGAACCAAAACAAGCUGAGUCAGUUAAUAGACAGGAAUUAAAAUCUAUAUCUAUUAAUAAACCAAAAGAAGAUGCAGUUGUAGCUGGCCAGAUACAGACAGUAAAGGUACAAGUACCAAUGUCCAGUGUUUCAAAACAAGUAGGGGAAACUAACAAGGAAGUGCAACAAGUUGAACCACCUCAAAAGAUACAAAAGUUUGACUCUCCAAAAUACCAAUUAAAGUCCACCACCAGUGCUGCAGGACAUCAUUUAGGAGUUGUCAGCAUUCCAGAAAUGACUGUUACUACACAAGCAAAUCAAGCAGUUGUUGGUACUCUAGAAAGUCAAGUGGAGGUUGUGAGUAUGCCAAGUAACCAGGUAGAGAUUGUCAGCACUCCAAGUAACCAAGUAGAGAUUGUCAGCACUCCAAGUAACCAGGUAGAGAUUGUUAGUACUCCGAGUAAUCAAAUAGAAGUUAUGAGCACCCCGGAGAAUAAAGUAGAAGUUGUUAGUGCGUCAGAGAACCAAUUACAAAUGUUUGGAACUCAAAUGAGUCAACUGGAAGUUGUUGGUGCUUCCGGAAAUCAGUUGACAGUUGUCAGUACUUCAGGGAAUCAGCUGGCACUUGUUAGUACCCCUAGCAACCAACUAGAAACAUUUAGUAUUUCAGAACAGCAGCUUCAGGUUGUUGCUGGUGGGGAGACUCUAUUGGAAACAGUUAACAGUGGAGAGCAGCAGCUAGAAGCAUUGGAUGGCCAGACACAACAACUAGAGGCAGUAGUUUUACAAGAUCAGGGAACACUUAGUAUACAACAAUUAGCAGCCUGUCAACAAGCUGUAACUGGACAGCAAGAGGAGGUACAGAUUAUUGAAACUGUAACUCCUGAUUUGACUGAGAAACAAGGACAAACAGAAGCAGCAACUCCAAGACGUAGAGGCAGGCCACCUAAGUCUACUACUCCAGCAGCAUCUCAGGCUACUAAAAGCACAGAUAAUGAAUUUGAAACUCCAAAAUCCAGUAACCGAUCUUUACGUGUUCGAAGCAAAGAAACCAGUGGUGAUGAAUCAGAGCCUAGUGCUACAAAAGAAACCAAACAAACAAAGAGAAAGUCUUCCAAAGAAACUGAUUUAUCCGAAGACGCUGAACAAAGUGUUGAUAGUGCAGGGGAAUCUAAGAGUGAAUCUACUUUAAAACGAAAGCGAGGUAGACCUCGGAAAGAUGAUCCUCCUAAGAAAGAAAAAGCAACCACUGAAA